ACCGCCCCGCGUAUCCGCCGCUGCAUCCAACUCGCUUCCACACUUGGGUUCAUUCACGCACACUUUUCCCACCGGGAUGGAGCCGCUUCAGCCAGGAGCGCGCACUGCAGCCAACUGGGGGCACGCACGCUUCCACGCAUCUUACAUGGCUGCGGAUUUAUGCCGAAUAUUUUCCACCCUGCUCUGGAUAAUUUCGCUGGUUUCGUGUUCGAGGACGAGGAUUUAUCCGCCGAACGAAGUGACCCUGCUGGAUACCAGGACAGUGCCAGGAGAGCUGAAAUGGGCAGCCAGUCCAUCAGAGGGAGGGUGGGAAGAAGUGAGCAUCAUGGACGAGAAGAACAUCCCCAUCAGAACGUACCAGGUGUGUAACGUCCUAGAGCCCAGUCAGAACAACUGGCUCAGGACGGACUGGAUCCCGAGGUCCGGUGCCCAGCGGGUCUACGUCGAGGUCAAGUUCACACUGAGAGACUGUAACAGCCUGCCAGGCGUCACCGGCACCUGCAAGGAGACUUUCAAUCUGUACUACCAUGAGUCAAACGAAGACAGGGAAAGCUACAUCAAAGAGAGCAGCUUCAUUAAGGUCGACACCGUGGCGGCAGACGAGAGCUUCACCCAGGUGGACGUCGGAGACCGCAUCAUGAAGCUGAACACUGAGGUGCGGGACGUGAAGGUCACAACCAGGAAGGGCUUCUACUUGGCCUUUCAGGACGUUGGUGCCUGCAUCGCCUUGGUGUCUGUCAGGGUGUUCUUCAAAACCUGCCCGCUCACCAUCCGUAACCUGGCGACUUUCCCCGACACCGUCACCGGUGCUGAUACGUCCUCCUUAGUGGAGGUCAGGGGGUCUUGUGUCAACCAAUCAGAGGAGAGAGAUGAGCCAAAAAUGUACUGCGGGGCUGAUGGAGAGUGGCUCGUGCCUAUUGGUGGAUGUCUGUGCAGCACCGGAUAUGAGGAGAAGGGGGGAGCGUGUAAAGCCUGCUCUGCUGGUUUCUACAAGGCCAAGUCUUCUGACUCAGGAUGCUCCAAGUGCCCCCCCCACAGCCACGCGCUCAGAGAAGGCACAACAGUCUGUGACUGCCACUCUGGAUUCUUCCGUGCCGACAGUGACCCUGCCUCUAUGGCCUGCACCCAGCCGCCCUCGGCCCCGCAGCAGCUCAUCUCAGUUGUGAAUGAGACCUCGGUGGUCUUGGAAUGGGCACCCCCCCGUCGGCUGGGAGGAAGGAGCGACACCAGCUAUAGCCUGGAGUGUCUCAUCUGUCAAACAGGGGGCCGCAGUCGGACCGCCGGCAAGGACCUCCCCAGGAAUCACAACGUCUCCAAGCCUGAGGUUCAGCACAGUGGCCUAGGGAUGCAGUCAGACCAGGGCAUUGUGGGAUCAGAAAGCCAGUCAGGGAGGGGCGUCUUCCAGAGCAGACCUGUAUCUGAAGAAUACCCAAGACUCGGCUCUGGCUCCGGCUCUCAGCUCUGCCUUCCCUGUGGCUCCGAUGUGCUCUUCUCCCCCGGCCAGACCCGCCUGAAAACCACCAGGGUGGUGGUGACCGAGCUGAGGGCCCACACGCACUACACCUUCAUCGUCCAUGCACGCAACGGGGUCUCCCUGGCCAGCGGUGCAGGGUCAGCCCAGAGCGUGUCUGUCACCGUUACCACCAACCAAGCUGCUCCCUCUCCGAUGUCAUCCAUCCUCGUCAUCGAUGUCACCAGGCACAGUUUGUCGUUGUCGUGGCAACAGCCAGACCGGCCUAACGGGGUCAUCCUGGAAUACGAGGUCAAGUUCUAUGAAAAGGAUCAGAGAGAGAGGUCCUACCGCAUAAUUAGGACCUUCGCUCGCGGCGUGGACGUCACGGGUCUCAACCCCCUCACGGUGUACGUGUUCCAUGUGCGUGCCCGCACAGCGGCCGGGUACGGAGAGUUCAGCGCUCCGUUCGAGUUCUCCACCAAUUCAGAUCCCUUCCCUCUGAUUGGAGAAGGAGUUAACUCAGCCUUCCUGCUGCUGUCUGUCAGCGGGGUUGGGAUUUUACUGCUGAUAUCUGCAGCUGUCUUCAUCAUUAGCCGCAGGAGGAGCAAGUACAGCAAAACAAGGCAGGACUCAGAGGAGGAGAAACAUCUUAACCCAGGGGUGAAGAUCUACGUGGACCCGUUCACCUAUGAGGACCCCGAUCAGGCCAUCCACGAGUUCGCCAAGGAGAUCGAUGUUAGCAGUAUUCACAUUGAGAGGGUUAUUGGCAUGGGAGAGUUUGGGGAGGUGUGCAGCGGCCGGCUGCGUGUGCAGGGAAAGAGGGAGAUCUACGUGGCCAUCAAGAGUCUGAAGGCGGGCUACACUGACAGACAGAGGAGGGACUUCCUGUCCGAGGCCUCCAUCAUGGGACAGUUUGACCAUCCGAACAUCAUCAGGCUGGAGGGCGUCAUCACCAGAUGCAAGCCGUUGAUGAUCAUCACAGAGUACAUGGAGAAUGGAUCCCUGGAUGCCUUUCUUCGCAAACAUGACGGCCAGUUCACGGUGAUCCAGCUGGUCGGCAUGCUGCGCGGUAUCGCCUCCGGUAUGAAGUACCUGUCAGACAUGAGCUACGUUCACAGAGACCUGGCAGCUCGGAACAUCCUGGUCAACAGCAACCUGGUGUGUAAGGUGUCGGACUUUGGCCUCAGUCGGGUUCUGGAGGACGACCCAGAGGCUGCCUACACUACAAGGGAGGCCACUGGGACUUACCUUUCCCCUGGAGGGAAGAUCCCCAUCAGGUGGACGGCCCCAGAGGCGAUAGCGUUCAGGAAGUUCACCACAGCCAGCGAUGUGUGGAGUUACGGUAUCGUCAUGUGGGAGGUGGUCUCAUAUGGAGAGAGACCCUACUGGGACAUGAACAACCAGGAUGUGAUUAAAGCGAUAGAGGAGGGCUACCGGCUGCCAGCUCCCAUGGACUGUCCCGUGGUGAUGCACCAGCUCAUGCUGGACUGCUGGGAGAGAGACCGAGCCGAGCGACCCACCUUCAGCCAGAUACUCAACAUGCUGGAUAAACUCAUCCGUAACCCCGGGACUCUGCGUCGGACAGGAGGGGACAGACCUACACCCACCAUGCUGGAGUCAGGGAUGGCUUCAGAGGUGUGUGUGUCAGUGGUGCCAGAAGUGUGUGUGCCGGAGUGGUCGGUUUGUGAGUGGCUGCAGUCCGCAGGGUUGGAGAGGUACACAGACACACUGGCAGCAGCGGGAUACACCAGCAUCGACAGUCUUCUGGCUCUCACACACCAGGAGAUGGACAGACUGGGAAUAAUCACACCAUCACACCAGGACAGACUAAUUGCCAGUGUGCAACAAGAAAUGCUGUCUCAGAUGCAGCACAUGCAACACACAAUGGUUCCCGUCUGAAUUGCAGAACUGAUAAAGACCUGUUACGAGAAGAAUUUCAUUUACCUCAUUCAUGCACUUUAGAGAGACCUUUCACCAGAGGAAAUACAAGGAGUGGAUUGAAGUGAACAAAAUCCGAAGUAAGAAGAAGAAAACGAGAAGAGAAAAGCAGCACUUUUGUGAACUUCCAUCCUGUGGAGUUUUCUAAAAAAAAAACAAAAAAAAACAUGGACGCGGCCACAGAUAAUAUUGAGCUACUGAGAGCUUAGACUGAAGCCUCAUCCUCUAAUCCAACUCUGUUUCUGAUUCUUUUAUGAUCCGUUUUGUGAAGGCUGA